AUGGUAGAGACAGUGGUUGAAGCUCCAAAUGUCGACGAAGAAGCCGGUGGUUUGAGAGUUUUGCUCGAAGAAGAUCUUUCGGAUCCGCGAGGUUUGAUUGAUAACACAGGUUCUUCACUUAUGGCAGCCGGUUCAACUUCACCACGGGCGGAUGUUAAUGCCAUGGUGGUCGCUCAACAGCACGCCGCCGCCCAGCAAGCUCGGGCUGCUGCCGCUCUGGAACAGGCAGAUGCUGUGGAAGAGCGGAAUCACCAUGAGAACCAUCCACAAGUACAGCAUGUCAUUAAUAAUACUCAUUCACAGGCGCCUGAGAAAGUACCAGUAUCGUCAACUCCCCCGCCCCCCUCCGCCGUCACACAAGAGCUGCCACAACAGUCGGUACCACAUGCUGCACCCAUCAAAAUCCCAUCGAGGAGUACUGUGGAGGAGGAAAAUGGAAUGCCCAGUACCCCUAGCACCUCCGACAUAGCUCUGUCAGUCGUCUCGCCGUCGACCAUAUGCCUCUGUCAGCAGCCUGCAAGAAUUCCGCGACCAAGAAAUGGUGAAAACCCCUUUUAAAAAUUCCUGCAAUUCCCUAUUUGCCAUUACUCAAAUAUCGAAUUGUACAGCCCUCUCCGACUUGAGCUAACUAAAACUCUAGCCUUCAUUCUUUUCCGUCAACAUAACCAGGCUGCCGUUGUUGCAAAGCAUCCUGGUAAACCUAAUCCGGAAAUAUCCAAGAUAAUUGGUGAGAUGUGGAGAGAAAGUUCGCAAGAAGCAAAGAAUCUUUGGCAAAGGCAUGCUGAUGUUUGUCAACCAUUGGCCUCUGUUUUUUUGAGUACUUGUAGUUAAUAAAACUAUAGGAGGAGAAAAAGAAACACUUGGCGAGAUAUCCUGAAUACCGGUACCAGCCUCGUAGGAAUGGCAAGAAAAAUUCCGCCGCCGUAGGUGGUUCUGGGGGUGCCUCCGGGGGCGCUAUUUCACCGCCUCUUGAGACCGCCAUAUGCUCAACAUGCGGUGGUCGUACUGGAAGUCUUUCGACACCCCAAACACCCGCAACUCCAGGGUCAGCUGUGCCCAAGACACCUGGACUAUCUCAACUGCCACAUAGCGCACGAACUCCAACCUCAGCCCCCCCUCCAUCGAAAAGAAGACGGGCUGGCACGGGAGACGAUGUCCCCAGAGGUAGCACAGGAAGCCCGGCAGGCCCAAUAGGCGAACAAGCAGGCAUUGAAGCGCUGCUUCAGCUAGGGAAUCAGGGUGAAGACGAAAAUGUCGUUGUCACGGAGCUCCAAGCAUCUACCAAGCGCCAGAAGAUGAAUGGCGGAUCCCCUACAACAGAUGUGCUAGCGGCAUCACCGCUACAACACAACCUAUACUCGGGCCAUUUCUCCCCGCAGCCACACAAUCCCAACAUCGACCCCUUCCUUCAGCAGAAUAGCUUUGAGCAGAGUAUGCCUAGUCUAGAUGCUGACGGCAACCUGACCGGCGGUUCACAUCAGAUGUCCAAUUUUUCACCAGAAUUACCAGAACCCCAUAUCCUCAAAUCCAUAUCCCCGAUGCAGAAAAUAAGUGCUUUCCAUCGCAUAUGCAAACCCCUUCCGACCGGUAUGGGCAUCUCUCGGCUGCCGGUUAUUGCAAUCGAAGGCGAUGACAUUGAGGUAGUAUCAGAGCUUUUCCAUGCGGUUGUAAAGCUGAUAUCCAAUUCCGACCCUAUUGAAAUUAUUGAUGAGCCGGACGUUUCUGCCUCAGAACAGUCCCAAAAGUUGGAGGAGAGUACCGAAAUAAGCGAUGGACUAUUGGUGCCAGCAGGUGACAGUAACGAUCUCGACUCUGCGGGCGUCCCUAAGGACACCGAAGAUGACCUUGAGGCUGCGAAAUACCUCAAUCAUGUUUCUUCGUGGAGGAGGAGAUGUUUCCAAAUCAAGAAUGCAGUGAUGCAUAGCAACGGCGCAUCUCAACGGAUGGUGUUGGUGAAUCGGUAUAUGGUUUCUAGAAGUAAUUCUGCUUCUACAAGGCUCUCGUCUGAUGACCUUUCGGCGCUCGAGCAUUGGCAGUGGUGUGCGACUUUAUGGCGGGGCUGCAUUGGACCCGACAUGACCAUAUAUGUCGUGAACGUGCCUCAUGGGAGCAUUAGUGGAGAUGCGGUUGAGGCGAAAGAAGGGGGGAAGGUGGUUUUCGUGAAGAAAGAGGUCGGGGAACUUGGGAAAAAAGCCUGGGAAGAAAAGGUUAUUAGGAGGUUGGUGUUCGAGGUUGGUGAAAUUGUCAGGAGUUUAAAGGGAUUUAUGGGUUGA